AUGGCUUCAGUACCACAUGGCCUACCUCCUCUAGCAUCCACAUCUCUUCUCGGUUUGCAGCGGACGUCGGACCGGCUGGAGCAGCACGCGACUAUAACAAGGGAGAAGCGUCUCAGUCAGCACCAGCAAGCAACUAUGAAGUCCAGUGGAGAAGGCACCACUCUCGUCGAAGUAGUCAAUUCGCUUGCACACCGGGGCAGCGACGACCUUACGGCCUCCCGGGUAACCGAUACGGACUAUGCUAGCCUGCUGGAGUGGAUUCGGUGCGAGAGGAUGAAGAAGCUGCCGCCCGAGGGGAGUAGUUAUGACAAGGCCCUUGUGUGGGCGGCCUUGUUUGUCGAGCGUGUACAUUCUUUCGAUUCAGGGAUCGAGCAGUUCGCGGGCGACAGCCACCUCGCUGCUCAGAUGUCUUACGGAUACUGUGCGAGUCUGCUUGAGUUGGGCGAGUCAAACGCCCAGGCCCUUAUGGACCUGUUUGGCUUUUUUUACCGUUGCUCAGCAGGUCUGGGCAACCUGCUGGAUCGUGCAGAGCUAUUUGUGGUCUCUUCCGAUAUCAAGGACCAGCUUAUUCUCGCGUUGGCCGACUUGGUGACCCUCGUUGUCUGUGUGGCCACACACUUCCACCGGUUGCUACUUUCCUCGGAAUCGGUCUCAGUAGAUAUCUAUAGUACCUUUCCUAGUCCGAUCAACAGUUUCCGUGGUCGCUGCGAGCACGCAUCAGAACUUAUGUGGCGUCACCAAUUGACGCGAGAGGGGUUUAAUGGCGAUAAAGCUGUUGGAAUCAAUACACUCAAAGACUGGCUGCAGCCUGAAGACCCGACACUCGCUCACAUAGAGGCCAUGGCUCCCUCAGCCCACGAGCGCGAGGAGGGCACCUGUAUGUGGGUGAAACCUUUCCUGACGCGGUUCUUGAAAGGCGAGCAGCAGGUGCUCUCUAUCAUCGGCAAGCCGGGCUCCGGCAAGACGGUCUUGUCGACUGUGAUCAACGAUUACCUACAGCAUCCCGUAGGAGGGACGAGGUAUACGUCCAUUCUGGCACCUAUCAAUGGUCGGAUUCCUGCCAGGACGGCCCCGAGCGCUGUGAUCAAGGGGAUAUUGUCCCAAAUGUUCAACAAACACCUCGGCAAUGUGCAGUUGUACCAGGUUUUGGCUGAUGCUUACAAUCAGAGCCAGCGUACUAUCGACGAAGCAUCAUUUGACGAUCUGCUUUGGAAUGCCCUGACACAUGCCCUUCAGGCCAGUCUAGCGAGCGCUAGGGAGCUGGUUCUGGUUGUCGACGGUGUUGACGAGGCCAGCUGCGCGGAGAGAGCCUUGUUGCACCGACUUCAUGAGGCGGCGUCCAAAAACCCCUCCAUGAAGCUGAUCACACUCGCAUCUCAGGAAGUGGACUCAAUUGUCUCUCAGACGACGGUGCGAGCCACGCUGGGGCUCAUAUUCGAUGACGUUGCCGCAGUCACCCGCAGGAUCCUUCACCAGAGCCACGCCUUUAACACCAUGUCUGACGAAGACCAAGAGUUGACGGUGGCCCGUAUCACAGAGGCGUCUGAUGGUUCCUUCCUCUGGGCAAAGCUGGCCGCCAAGCGCGUGCGCGAUGAACACCUGCCGAAUAAGUCCGCGCUUUCCAAGUCUGUUGAGAGCAUCGUGAAAGCGGGAUACAAAAUCACCGACCAUGUUUCACACACCUUGCAGCCCAAGCUCGACGAGGAUACGAAGAAGAUUCUUGUCUGGCUGGCCACCGCGAGUCGCCCUCUCUCCCAGCAGGAAUUGGCCGCUCUUCUCUCCAUGCAGCCCAGCAAGGCUGAAGUCACGGAGCACGGCGACAUUGACCUCCUUCAAGUACUGAAACCGGUCGCCUCGCUUGUGUUCUUCCAAAACAACUUGGUCUAUCUUAGGCACGAGCAGGUGCGUGUUGCUAUUUUGGACGUCUUCUCCAAGGGUAAACUCCUGCCCGUGAUCAAGGAUCGGAAUGUGGACUUUGCCCAAAGACUCCUAUUAUACGCAAAGCACAGUGUGACCGACAGCCACGAGCCCUCUUUGGACCCACUGAACGGGCGGGUGACAGAACACUUACUGGAGAAUCAUCCCCUGCUAGAUUUUGCGCUUCGAUACUGGCCAAGUUAUGUCAACAUUGCGUUUGGGUGCACCAACGACCAAGAGGUCACUACAGCGGGCAAGAGUUUGCGAUCUGUCUUCCCCACCAGCCCUACUGUGCCACUUCUAGAGAUGACCGUGUGGGCGAGCAAGACGACUCCGUCGCUCCGGUCCAUUCACAGGAUUCAAACAUUACUGUACCGCGAAAUUCUGAACAGUAACCAUCCAGCCACUCUGCAGGCCAUAAUCUCCCAGGCGCUGUUCCACAGACAGAUCUACACCAGUGUGCCUGCCGAGAGCGGCCAAAUUUUCUACGAGGCGGCGAUAAUUUGCCAGAAGAUGCUAUCCGUCCGACAUCUCAUCACUAUGCAGAUGGCACAGUUCUUCUUGGAGAGCACGGCUGAACAAGUAACUGAGUCUAAGACGGAAGUCAUGACCCGGCGUGUCGAAAUCCUCCAACUACUAGUGGAAUGCUAUAAGGUCCACUAUGGGGGGACAAGCGUUAUGGUCACCUCCACACUGACGCAGUUGUCCGAGCAUUAUGCUUCCAUAAAAGAGCACCGCAAAGCCCAGGAGAUCACUAUGUCCCUAGAGGGUUCCGCCACCGACAGUACAACCCAGCGGAAAGGGUCUAGACAGGUGGACGAUUCUUUACUGGUUCACCUCCACAGCCGGAAAGACACGCCGACAGAGACUGGUACCAGCCUGGCUUUGGAUGGGAUCGAGGUGGAUGAGUUGAUUACUUGGUCCUUUGACCUGGAGACUCACUUGGCCGAAGCCGAGCGACAGAAGACAGAGCAUCACAUUACAGAAGCCGAACAGACGUAUGUGGAGCUCUGGCAGCAGGCUAGCCAGGAGUAUCGGCUUAAUCACUCUACUGAGCACAAGCUCACCAUGUUGCGAGCUGUUCUCGCGUAUGCUAAAUUCCUCGAAGGCCAGAAGAGAAACACUGAAACAGCCUCGAUCGUUGCCGGGUUUUGGGAAGAGUACGAGAAAACCGCCCCCAGCCCUGAAGCCUUGGUGCCACAUUUGCUGGAGCUUGCUCAGGUCAUGAAGUCCGUGGGGCUGUCCGUGUUGGCCAUCGAAGUCUACAAACACUGCGCACAAAAUACUAGCAGCCAAAGUGCCAUCCACAAAGACGUGGAAAAGUACAUCCAGUCCACCUCUCUGGAAGUGAUACGCUCACAAUCCUUGGUGACGGAGUCCACCCUCAAGGAAACUGUAUACAGCGCAUCCAGUGCGGAGCAGGUUUCCACCACAGCGACAACAUCACUGAUCGAAAUGUACCUGUCUCAACACCGGUGGCAUGACGCUACGAGUGUGUUAAAACGAGUGCUGCGAAUUGUUUGGCCGUCGUUGUUUGCGCCCUCGCUCGAAGAAGUCGCCCUGCCAUCCACCCAAGUUGAAUACUGUAUUGAACUCGCAGAGCAUCUCGCCGACUGCUAUCGCUCCCGCCGUCGCCCGACUAAGGAAGAGGAUAUACGGACCCGGGUUUAUCGUGCAGCUCGACGCGAUCGGCCUGCGUGCGGAUAUCAAACCUUGGAGCGAGUCACAACGAACCUUCUUCGUCUAUACGAGCGUACCUCUCAAACCGACAAGGUCAUCACCAUCCACCAGAAUUUACUCCAAGAUUACACCAAGCGAUUUGGCGGGGAACAUCCCAUUGUGAUCCAAAAGCUUUGGACCCUGGCGAGACUGACGCGCCCGCAGCCUAUCGCAAUGGAUUACUACCGCCAGAUCAUCCAUAUUCUGAACAAGGACUCAGAGACCUGUCACCCGGAUGCCUUCGAGCCCCUCCUGAUUGUGGCAACCGAGCUAUUGAAACAAGGCCGUUACGCGGACGCGCUGAAGCCCUGCCGGGUGUUGUUCAUGACCCUGCAGAGCCCUACGAUCAACCCGAAAUUGCAGGAUCAGGCAUUUGUUCAAAGCAUCUAUGAACGUUACGUGCACUGCCUACGCGUGGCUCGCAGUGACAUCACCGUCAUUCAUGACGUGACGGUGAAAUAUCGCAAAGCGUGCAUUAGCCUCUUCGGUGCGAACGCGUCAAUCACCAUUCAGGCAACUAACACGCUGGCAAACAUCUGCCAACAGUCCAAGAAAUAUGACACGGAAGCGAUCCAGCUCUACGAAGAGCUCUUGAGGGUCAAAAACAGUGAAGUUGAAAUCGACCAUCAGGACAUCCGCGCCAUUCUGGAGGCUAUCUAUGAGCAACAGAAUGCCUCCUUGACCGCUUUAAAAGUGGAGAACAUGUCGACAAAGGAGCUACAGAAGGUGGAGUCUAUUCGCACCCAACGACUGACAUCCAUCCGCUCCAGCUAUGGAUGGGCACACGAAGAAGCCCUGUCCCAGAUGGAGGAGAUUGUCUCACUAUAUGCCAAACAAAACAAGGCGCAAGCUGCUAUCUCGCUGCUGGAGGAAGCAACGGUGCAAGUACUGUCCACUGAGACAUCCUCUAUCAGGCUGACUGCGGCGGCCAAGAGCAUUGCAUCUGGCUAUAUCGCAGCCGGUCAAAUUCAAAAGGCGAGAGAUCUCUCAGACGAGAUUUAUCUCCAGAUUAUGAUCAAGGAUGGGAGAAGUUCCAGUGCCCUUAGCUUGAACCAGAGUUCAAACCACCGGCUGAGCCUUUUCUUCCUGGCUCAAUUCGAACACAUCAUACGGGAAUCCACAAAUGCCUCAACCACGUUGAAUGAGGUCUACGCUGCCCUGACCAAGGAGUAUCUGUACUUUGAGCAGUUCCGCGAAGCCCUAAGCUCAAAGGCUGGCAAACUGCAGGGUACGACGGCCACGGUGGCCCGCCUGCACGCGUUCCUACUCAGCGGCGGUCGUCGGUCGGCUGCCAAUCAGGUGGUGGAUCAGUACACCAGCUUCUUCCUGGCGUCUGAGGGCUCCAGCCUGGAUAUGGACUCCAACCAGGCCAAGGUAUUCACCGAGACGCUCCUUGAGUAUUUUAGCAACCAUGCCUCGCGCAACUUCAUUCGUUCAGUGGCCAUCGCUAGCUACAACCGCGUGGCCCAGCAGCUCGACUCCGGAGAUUACCAGGCAGCCUGCCACCUCGCGUUGGCGGCGACGAAAUAUAUUGCUGCCCACCACGGCUACUCGGAUCAGGCGACAAGCAAGCUGGUGUUUAAGCUUGGCCUACUCAUCGCUGGCCGAGAAAUUGACGCGCCCCCCGCAGCCUCUGUCCAAAAGCAGAUGCUAGGCGUCUCGGCGACGAUUCUGCGUGACACGUUAGGCUAUUUCAAAGAGCACAACAUCGAGCUCGCACAGCUAGAUCUAGCAAACGUCAAUAGCUUGAUCAAGGUUCUCGAUGACCAACACGACUACGACACCUUGGCCUGGGUUCUCACCUCCCUCUGGAACAGCCGGGAUACCUAUACCUUGUUACAGCCACAACAUGCAUAUACACUUGCUCUCGGGCGCAUGCUAGUUAUUACACGAUACCUCGUUGGUGACUACGCAGCUUCCGUUAGGCUCGCAGAAGACCUUGUAUACAACUGCGCUCGUGUCCAUGGGCCCCGCCACCCGAGUACUAUCGAAAUGACCGUGUUACUGUCGCAGAUGUACACCAGCAUGGCUCAAGGCUACCAAGAACAGAAGGGUCGACACGAGCUAGCCUAUCGGUACUAUCGGAAAGCGGCGGCGCUGCAUGAAAAUGCCCUACGCGUGUUCAUCGACCCGUCUUCGGCGUCUACGGGGGAUGUGGACAUGGAGGUCAUCUCUGGCAUGUCAUCACCCUCAUCCUCCGCCAGUCCAGGAGAAAGGGAAGAAGGAAAACAUGUCCGACAGCACUUGCACAUGCUCAAACUUGCCGUCGAGCGCCUUGGAGAUUGGCCUAAGGAUUACUCUGAAUAUGAACGGCUUAACCAAGAUCUGUUUAACACAUUUGCGAAUGACCUAGAGGGGGUUGACGGCAUCGACAAAUGGAAUUUGCAGUCGUUCGGGUCCGGACAGGCUGAGGCAAGUGAUGAUCUGGUUUCCUUUCAUCGCGAGCACCUGGCGAUUGCCAUUUGA